AUGAAUCAACAACAACAACAACCACUACUAAAACGAGUUGCUCAUUCUGUGAAAAAAUAUGCCACGUUUAUAGGCCCAGGUUUAGUGGUCAGUGUGAGUUAUAUGGAUCCAGGAAACUAUCUGACAUCAGUAUCAUCAGGAUCGAUGUACCAAUAUAAAUUAUGUUUCAUUAUUUUCAUGGCCAAUUUGUUUGCUAUCAUUUUGCAAGCCUUGUGUGUCAAAUUGGGGACCAUCACAGGUUUAGAUUUAGCAGAAAUGUGCCGAUUACAUUUAAACCCAAAGUUGAACCUUUUCAUGUAUUUCUGUGCUGAAAUCGCCAUUAUAGCCACCGAUUUGGCCGAGGUUGUUGGAACCGCGAUUUCGUUGGAGAUUUUAUUUGGGAUUCCUUUAUUAUAUGGGGUUGUAAUUACCGUUUUGGAUGUUUUAAUUAUUUUAAUGGCAUAUCACAAGGAUGGAAGCAUGAAACAGACCAAAUUCUUUGAAAUAUUGGUAUCAAUAUUGGUGGCUGCCACGUGUGUUUGCUUUAUUUUAGAACUUUUUAAAUGUAACUUUGAGCCGGGAUCUGGCUGGAAAAUAUUUAAAGGAUUUUUACCGGUCAAUAAAGAAAUAUUCAAGGAGUCGAUGGCGUUGUUUUUGAGUUGUGCGAUUGUUGGUCUGACAGUCAUGCCUCAUUCCUUGUUUUUAGGCUCCGCAUUGGUUCAACCAAGAUUGAAGGAAUAUGAUGAGACACAUGGCACCAAAGCAAAUGUUUUGCCCGUUGAAAAUGAAGACACCACGAGAUUGGUGCCACCUCAUCAACCAGUAGAAGGGUCGAGAUUACGCAGAAUCUCCGAUGGGUCAUUAUUGACAAACAAGUAUAAACCCUCGUAUGCAGCAAUCAAGUAUUGUUUGAAUUACUCGUAUGUUGAAUUGGUUCUGUCGUUGUUUAUUGUUGCUGUGUUUGUGAACUCGGCAAUUUUGAUUGUUGCCGGGUCUACUUUGUAUGGCAAACCAGAUGCAGCCGAUGCCGACUUGUUGUCAAUUUAUGAAAUGUUGUCCUAUUAUAUCUCACCCGCUGCUGGGUUGGUUUUUGCAUUGUCAAUGUUGUUUUCGGGACAAAGUGCUGGUAUUGUAUGCACUAUGGCAGGGCAAAUUAUCAGUGAAGGGUUUAUCAAUUGGACAUUAGAACCUUGGAAGAGAAGAAUCAUAACCAGAGUAUUGGCAAUUGUUCCAGUUAUAGUGGUUGUUGGAAUCUUGGGUAGAGAGGGUGUUUCAAAAGUAAUGAACUCUUCCCAAGUUGUAUUGAGUUUCAUUUUACCAAUUGUCAGUGCACCAUUAAUUUAUUUCACUUCCAAAAAAGAAUUCAUGACGGUGAUAGAUACAUCUCUGACAGACGAGUCUACCCCACUUUUAGAAGAAAAUGAUCUUGAUGAACAAAUUCCAGUGAAAAAAAUCAGUUUUGAAAACGGUAGUCUACUUCGUAAUGCUAGUAUUCUCACCUGGGUUAUCAUUACAGGUUUGAAUGUCUAUUUAAUUAUUGCAUUUGCCAAUGGGGCUGAUAUUUAA